AUGUUGGCAUGAUCAAGUAACAGUUUUUAUCUGGUUUUGUUUCACGAAGCAUCUCUUUAGGCGACACUAGUCCAUGGAAUGAUGGAAGCUAAGUAGCUUUCUCUGAUAAGAUGGAGCACAUUGGUGAUGCAUGGUUGAGGAGGAGAUCCCAUAGUAAGCAAGUACAUUGCAGCUGGUGUUUGUUUUGUGAAGCUGUUGGCUGAAGCAGAGAAGGGAAGCAUCAAUCGGAGCAGGCUAGGGCUGGAGAAUGUUCCUCCACUCAGGGCUCUGUAGAAUCAAAUUCUUCAUCGGCUGUAGAAGCCUUCUAGUGGAUUUACUAUUUUCGUUGUCGAUUUUAUAAUAGCGUGCACUAUCGUUUAGCUUUCGUGUCAGUGUCAUUAUCAGCAGAACUUGAACGUUGGAUCUUGAUAGGCAGUUAAAAUGGGCAGAGCUUUCGUCUCAUUAUCAGCAUAACUCAAACAUUUGAUCUUAAUAGACAAUCGAAAUGGGUAGCAUAGGUGCUCGUUUCUGUAUCUGUGGUUCGAUUAGUUACUCCAAAGUGUAUUUAUAUCUACUAGAAGAACCUCAAUAUCCCAGUUAUGAUGUUGGCAUGAUCAACUAACAGUUUUUAUCUUGUUUUGUUUCACGAAGCAUAUCUUUAGGCGACACUAGUCCGUGGAAUGAUGGAAGCUAAGUAGCUUUCUCUGAUAAGAUGGAGCACAUUGGUGAUGCAUGGUUGAGGAGGAGAUCCCAUAGUAAGCAAGUACAUUGCAUCCAGCAUUAAUCGAGAAGCUAUUCCUGUUCCUGUUGCAGUUGCAAACUAUGGAGAUCGAUAACCCUGCAUAGGUAGGCAUUAUGAUCUCAUCGCCCCUUUGAUUAUAUUGGAUUCAAUGAUCACUUGAACCCCUUCCAAGAAGCUUGCCACUGUUAAUGCCAUGAAUGCCAUCCAUCUCUUAUUUGAUUAACAUACACAAGAAUGAUUGCCAGCCAACUUGGAUUGCACUGUCUUUCCUUGCAACUUGUCUUUCCUGGAUGCAUCAAUUGUCAUGUAUAACAAUGACACCGACAAGGCAUUGGCUCAUUUCCUCAACAGUCCUUCAUAAGCACUACCCGUAAUCUUCUUCCGUCAUGUCUGGUUGUAAUUUUCUUACGUUGCUUUGGUCUUGAGAAUUUACGAGGAUUUUAACCAUACACUUAUCAUGCUUAUAAUCAUGUCUGGUGAUCGAUCUCUUUUAUUCUUCAAAAGAGUUAGCCUAAUUAGCUGUAAUAAAAAAAUACGGUGAACAAAAUCUCUAUCGUCGUCGCUGUGGGAGGGCGCCUUCGCCAUCCCCGUCCCCUCAUCCUCGUCAAUGCUCUUGGUUUGUUCGUUCUUUUUUUCCUACUCAAUCAGUUCUGUUGGGGGAUUGCAUUAGGAGUUAAGUUCUAGAAGGUUGGUAAGAUUUAGUUAAGAGCUUUGUCUCAAGUAUGUGCUUCUGUCAGACCCAGGAACACCUCUAUUAGUGCCUUGGGUUAUGUUAUUGAAUCUUUCUCUAUUCUCCUGUGAACAUUUGUUUUGGUUUAUAUUUGGUAGUAUAGGCAGUAGACAAGAAUUGGUUUUGGUUUCUUUCAGUGGGGCUUAGACCCUAUGUCUUUUCUUCAUGCCUUCUGUGCAGCUAUCGGUAGAAACUGACUUUGGAAUAUGAGUGAUUAUUUUAUGAAUGACUUGGUAAGAGAGAUAGCAUAGAGAGCCAAACUGAACUUCAUGCCACACUCACAAACCAACCCCUCUCUCCCGUAUCCAAGUUUUGUAAUAUAUCUAACUAUCUGUCUAUCUAUUCACAUUUCGAUAUGUUUAUUAUGUUACUAGCUUUAUUCCCGGCCAUUGGCCGGGUAACUUUUAAUAAUAAUAAUAAUAAUAACAAACAUAUUUUUUUCGGUUCAUAAUAUAUUAAGUUGACACAAUUGAUUUGACAAUUAUAAAUUUAUGUUGCUAGCAUAUAAUUCAGCCUAAAUUCAUCUCAUAUUUACUCAAUAUCAACAACUGAUUAAGAAGUAUAAAACACAUUCGAAUAAUAUUAAUCUUAUUGUGAACUUGUGAUAAAUUCAUAAAAUUGACAUAGCAAAUGUCAAUGUCUUCGUAAUUGAGAUAUGUUUUAUGCUAAACUUGAGAAUUGAGAUAUUGAAAUUAUGAUAUAGCUUAUGGUGAGAACUUACUCAUGGAAAAUUUUCUCAUAAAAUAAAUUACCAAAAAAAAGUCUCAUAUAUAUAGUUUUUCGUGAGAACCCAACCCAGGUAACACUGGAUCAAAUCCAAAAGUCUUUUGACAUUUCUUAAAUUUUGCAUGGCUAAAACAAAUAGUAAUUAUACAUAGUUAAAAAAACAAUUUAUAUUAUUAAUUGAAUGUGUAAACAAUUUUUUGGUGUAAAUAGUAAACAAUUAUUCUUAAUUAGAUAAAUAAAUACUUCUUAUGGAUGAUAAAUAGUGCUAACUAAUAAUUAUAAAUAAUAAACAAUAAAUUAACUUAUAGUUUUUCUACUCUCUCCAUAUCUCCACAAUCUCCAAUCUCCCUCCUCUCCCAAUGCCUUAACGGAAAACUAAAAAAUAGCAAAAUCACAAUAAAAAGGAGAAGGUAACGGGAGUCAGGAGGAAAAAAAUAUUAAAAAAUAAAAAAUACCCCAAAAUGCCGAGAAACGUGAGGAAGCCUGAAAAGCUUACGUGGAAGGGGUGGUUUUUCCAAACCCCUUUAAUAUAUUGUAAGAUGGGUUGGAAAUAUUGCAGCUGAUACAUACAGACUCUCGAGAUAUCUGGAAAAUUACUCCUUUUGCCAUAAUGAGAUGGAUGAAGGGCUUGCUGCUUGUUUACAAAGUUGGAGGAAAUCUUUUCAAUCACUUAACAAGCUAGAUUUUAAUGAUACACAAAGGCAUCAGAUUUUUACCCAACUUGGGGAAAUGGGUGAGAAGAUCUUGCAGUACUGUGAGAUGCAUCAGAUGGAAAAGAGCUUGUCAAAGUAUAGUUCAAAUAUAUUGAGAGACCAUCAUAGCUAGACUCCACAACAUAUAGCUGAAAGUAGAAGAUGAAUGUGGUAUGCUUCUACGUACAUUGACGACUUCCUAAGAAAACUAAGGGCUGAUGAAGACCCAUCAAAAAACAAUUUGAUGGUUAAGCUUCAGGAGAAGCGGGACGCCUUGUUGAAUGAGAGUGACCUUCUUGCACAGCUAAAAUCCGACUCAAGCACUAAUGAGGUAGAAGAUCCAGGUCUUAAUGAUAAAGCUAUUAAAGAUAGGAGCAAAAGACAAAAGUAUGUUGAACUUGAACUUGGUCAAGUCGAUAUAGAUACUGAUAAGCUUUCUUAAGCUCUCAUGGUUAUGAGAAUGAGAGGACGUUUGGAUAAGGGGGUUUGUGAAGGAAAAGGUUUCAGUCAAAAUUGUUGUUAUCGACACACAAAUGGCUAGGCUUAGAUCGAAGAUUGAGAAUCGUUUGGGGCGUGUGUGCAAAGAUGAAUGUGAUCUGCCAGACGAGUUGGCGACAAGGCGUAAGAUUGUAGGAAGUUGAUUGGUGAGUUGCAGGAAAACGCAGUGAUGGAUGAGCCAAAUGGAUGUAAAGAGUAGUAGAUAAGUUGCACUGCUUGUUGCUUUGCUUGCCACUCAUUUUGGGCGUGGGUGCAAAGAUGAAUGUGAUUAGCUGGAUGAUUUGUCGGCAGGGCGUAAGAAGCUUAUUGAUGAGUUGUAGGAAAACGCAGAUGAUGGAUGAGCCAAAUGGAUGUAAAGAGUAGUAGAUAAGUUGCACUGCUUGUUGCUUUGCUUGUCAGUUGCCACUCAUUUUGGGUUUUUAGUUUGUUGUUUAUUUGGACUUAGUCUUUAUUGCUCAUUUUGUAAACUGUCACAUGAAUUUCGGCAGGAACUUUCUCUGAUAUAUAUGAAGAACCAUUAUUUUUCUGCCAUUGUUCAGGAACUUUCUCUGAACCAUGAUAAGUCUUGGUCUCAUCCAUAAGCCAAGGUGGAAGAUGACUCUUUUUUUCAUAGGCCAAGUGGGUUGUUGUCUAAUGGAUGGCUGGAGAAUGAAAGUAUAUGAGCUAAGUUCUUUUCUUUUUUGUAAUCACAAAUGAGCUAAGUCCAACCCAUCAAUUUCACCCACACUCACAUUGGGUUGUGUAGGCUCUAUUCCUAAAAGCUAGCAAACCAAACCCAACAUUCUUUUUUUUUUAAUAAGAGGGGGAAAUAUUGAAGAGAGGGGGAAAUAAGGAAGGGUGGAGUCGUAUUGACAGUCAUUUAUUAUUUUCUUAUUUAUAGAAAAAACGCAUCAAUAAUGGGGUUUGAACCUUAGUCUGUUCAAACAAAGACAAGAAACAUAACUAGUUACACUAUUUUUUUUAAUCUUUUUAAAUUAAAAAUAUACAAGAAGCUAAAAUCUGAAAAAUCGUAGGACUUUUCCACCACGGUUAGCUAUCACUCUAACUCUCUCGUUAAUAUAUUUUUGGUGUUUGAUACUUCUAUUUUCAUAUUUUGAUUCUUUUAAUGAGACUUUAAUAAUUCAUUCAAUUGACGUGUGUCUUAUAAAAGAAGUAUAAUUUUAAAAUCGUCAUCCAAAUAUCAAUGGUUCAAAUAUUGUAUAUCGAAUUGCAAUAUUUAAAGUGUAGAAGCGAUGUAGAAUUCCCCGAAGCUCGCCGAUGAAGGACGAUUGAGAUGGAGGCGCAGAAGGUAAGAAGCAUAGUGAUGGAUUGGGUCUAAAGUUUCAUAUCGAAAGUUUCAUAUUAUAAAUAACAUUUCGCUAAAUGUUGGUAAUUCUAGUGGUAUUAGCCCUAUAUAAUAUUAUUAUGGACAUUUAUUAAGAUUUAAUAUACUUUCUAUUGGUCCUCCACAUUUUUUAAUCCAAAAACCAAUUUUCUCUCUUCCCGCUCUCCAUCUUUGUUUCUGCUUCCCUUUUCGCUUCCGCUUUUCUUUUCUUUUCCUUUGCGUUUUUCUUGGCUACCAAACGCUACUCACAUCCUAGACCAACAAGAAUUCCACCAGACUCUGAUUUUCUUUGAAUUCCACUUCAUUUAGUCAAUGUCGGAUUCGCAGACUCCGCCACCGUCCCGGCAAGAGGGCGGAGACGCCAACGUUGUCCCCUCCUCACCGCCAAACUCUCGCCGCCCUGCAGGAGGCUGCCAUCGCUGUCCCCUCGCCCUCGUCACAAGUCCUGGUUUGUUCUUUUUUCUACUGGAAUUUUUUUUGGAGUUGGUGAUCGAUCUAUUUUAUUCUUCGAAAGAGUUAGCCUAAUUAGUUGUAAAAAAAUCCGGCGAACAAAAUCUCUACCGUGGUCGCUCCGGGAGGGCGCCUUCGCCAUCGUCGUCCCCUCAUCCUUGCAAAUGCUCCUGGUUUGUUCGUUCUUUUUUUUUUCUACUCAAUCAGUUUUGUUGGGGAUUGCAUUAGGAGUUAAGUUCUAGAGGGUUGGUAAGAUUUGGUUAAGAGCUUUGUGUCAAGUAUGUGCUUCUGUUCAGACCCAGGAACACCUCUAUUAGUGCCUUGGGUCAUGUUAUUGAAUCUUUCUCUAUUCUUCUGUGAACAUUUGUUUUGGUCUCUAUUUGAUAGUAUAGGUAAGGUAGUAGACAAGAAUUGAUUUUGGUUUCUUUCAGAGGGGCUUAGCCCCUAUGUCUUUUCUUCAUGCCUUCUGUGCAGCCAUCGGUAGAAACUGACUUUGGAAUUUGAUUGAUUCAUGAAUGAUUUGGUAAGGGAGAUAGCAUAGAGAGCCAAACUGAACUUCAUGCCACUCACAAACCAACCCCUCUCUCCCUUAUCCAAGUUUUUUAAUCUAUCUAACUAUAUGUCUAUCUAUUCACAUUUCGAUAUGAUUAUUAUGUUAUGGGUUGGAAAUAUUGCAGCUGAUACAGACAAACUCUUGAGAUAUCUGGCAAAUUACUCCAUUUGCCAUAAUGAGAUGGACGAAGGGCUUGUUGAUUGUUUACAAAGUCAGAGGGAAUCUUUUGAAUCACUUAACAAUCUAGAUUUUAAUGAUCCACAAAGGCAAUAGAUUCUGCCCAACUUGGAGAAAUGGAUGAGAAGAUCUUGCAGUAUUGUGAGAUGUGUUAGGUGGAAAAGAGCAUGUCAAAGUAUAGUUCAAAUAUAUUGAGAGACCUUCAGAGCUGAAUUCCACAACAUAUAACUGAAAGUAGAAGAUGAAUGUGGUCUGCUCCUACGUACAUUGACGACUUCCUAAGAAAACUAAGGGUUGAUUAAGACCCAUCAAAAAAUGAUUUGAUGGUUAAGCUUCAGGAGAAGCGGGACGUCUUGUUGAAGGAGAGUGACCUUCUUGCACAGCUAAAAUCCGACUCAAGCACUAAUGAGGUAGAAGAUCCAGGUCUUAAUGAUGAAGCUAUUAAAGAUAGGGGCCAAAGACAAAAGUAUGUUGAACUUGAACUUGGUCAAGUUGAUGUAGAUACUGAUAAGGUUUCUUAAGCUCUCAUGGUUAUGAGAAUGAGAGGACGUUUGGAUAAGGGGGUUUGUGAAGGAAACGGUUUCGGUCAAAAUUGUUGUUAUCGACACACAAAUUGCUAGAUUUAGAUCGAAGAUUGGGAAUCAUUUAGAGCAUGUGUGCAAAGAUGAAUGUGAUCAGCCGGACGAGUUGGCGGCAAGGCGUAAGAUUGUAAGAAGUUGAUUGGUGAGUUGCAGGAAAACGCAGUGAUGGAUGAGCCAAAUGGAUGUAAAGAGUAGUAGAUAGGUUGCACUACUUGUUGCUUUGCUCGCCACUUAUUUUGAGCGUGUGUGCAAAGAUAAAUGUGAUUAGCUGGAUGAUUUGGCGGCAAGGCGUAAGAAGCUUAUUGAUGAUUUAUAAGAAAACGCAGCUGAUGGAUUAGCCAAAUGGAUGUAAAGAGUGGUAGAUAAGUUGCAUUGCUUGUUGCUUUGCUUGCCAGUUGCCACUCAUUUUGGGUUUUUAGUUUGUUGUUUAUUUGGACUUAGUCCUUAUUGCUCAUUUUGUAAACUGUCACAUGAAUUUUGGCAGGAACUUUCUCUGAUAUAUAAGGAGAACCAUUAUUUUUCUGCCGUUGUUCAUGAACUUUCUCCGAACCAUGAUAAGUCUCGGGCUCAGCCAAAAGCCAAGGUGGAAGAUGACUUUUUCUUUCAUAGGCCAAGUGGGUCGUUGUCCAAUGGCUAGUUGGAGAAUGAAAGUAAAUGAGCUAA